GCAUUUCCUCCUUGCAUGAGCUUGCAUUCGUGAGUGAGAUAUGUGUAAACAGGAACCUGACAACCGCUCGCAGGACACAUCGGACGGCAACAUCUUACGAGGUUAUUCAUAAGUGAAGCCACAAGAAGGCCAGGGGAGGCACCAGAUCUCUUUUUGUUUUCAUCGUCAUUUAAAAUACGAAGACCAAGGAAGUGCUGAUUGAUCAAAUGGAGGUGCAGAGGGAAAUUUGAGGAAUAUUCAAAUAAAAGAGGCACAGUGGAAGAGAAGGUGUACAGAGAGACAGAGGGCACUGCGGAUCAGGAGGCAUGUCAUUGGGUGGCCCAGACACCCUUCCCCAGCUCUUUGUGGUGGACAGCCAGGCUCCAUAUGCUCACCUGCCCACUACCAGGCGCAGGAGGAAACCCAGCACCAUCCAAACACUUCUGCUCCUUCUCGGGGUCCUCGCUUUGUCAGGAGUUUUGGUUGAGGGAGUCUUCAUCUACUAUCUGUACAGAAAAACCCAGGUUGGUACCACCAUGAGUCAAAUUGGAGACAAAGAUAACCUACCAAUGGCCAUGAGGGCGCAUCCAAAGACUCAACAAAAGCCCUCUGCCCACCUCCUCGGCUCCACCAGUCUUAAGGAAGGCAUCAUACAUUGGAGUAAUAUUAAUUCCACUGCCACCUUCACCUCCCAGAUGGACUACAAAGAUGGACACUUAAUGGUCCCGAGGAGAGGAUUCUAUUACUUGUACACCAAAGUGUACCUGGAUCUGUCAGAGGGAUGCACAUCCUUCCAGGUCAUGAAGUUAAUGAAGAACACAGUUGGAUACCAUAAUCCAAUAGAAUUGUUGCGUUCUAAUAGGAUGUGGGUCAUGCAGGUAUCCUGCUACAUCAUCUUCUGCUUCUUUCCCACCGAUGGCAGGUUCAGCUGCCCUAUUGAUGGGAGAUCCACCGAUAAGGAAAUCUUUCUGAGCGGUAUCUUCAAUCUGGUGCCUAAGGAUGAGGUUUAUGUAACUCUUGAGAAUAAGGCCAUGAAACUGUCCAAGAAUGAGAAUUAUAUGGGAGCCUUUAUGUUAUACGAAUAAUCUCUGACCUUUUGAACCAUACAUGAAAAAGAUGCCCUGAUUGUUCAGAGAUGAGUAAGGGGAAAUAUGCUGAUAUAGAGGCAGGUACAGUCAUCCAGUACCUUAAAUUUCACCCAAUACUGGCUGACAGGUCUAUGAUUACUGUGAUAAUUAUUAUUAUGAUGAUGAUUAUUAUUAUUAUUAUUAUUAUUAUUAUUAUUAUUAUUAUUAUUAUUAUUAUUAUUAUUAUUGUUAUUAUACUGGAUAUUUUGUGCUUGAUAAUAUAGUCAAAUGCUGCCUUUAAGUGUUCAUAUUGUUAAACAUUUGCUGCUAUGCAGGUUUAGGAUCAUGUUGUAGGAUAUGUUUUGUUGUAUCUAAAUUACUUGACGAAAGUAUUCUAAAUAAAUAAAAAAUAAAUAAUGUGACACAACCUUGAA